CUUAAAUGUUUUGGACUUGGUAUGAAUAUGAUGAUUUCACCCUCACCAUGUGGACAGACCUUCACACAGAAACACAUUAAGACCAUGAAUAGAUACAUUUGCCAUGUGAGGCUCUAUCCCAGGCCUGCACUUGGUUUUAUCAAUACAGGGAUGGGAAUGCAGGCCAUGGCAUGCAAGGGCAGGUCUGACUUCCCACACAUGCUGUUUUCCUGACCACAAUCCUCACCCCCGGCUAUUUGCUCCCAAAGUAUCUGGGUGGCAGUAACUUGGGGUGAGGAAAAGGCACAGGAGGAAGGGUCACUUGUCAUUGUCGUCGCCCCCGCCCCACCAGUGUCAGUUCCUGUUUUUAUUUUAAAAUGGAAGACAAGCCCACACAAUAAUCAUAGUUGACAUGCUGUCUAUUCUGUGAUUAAGAGUUUCUGCAUCCUGUUUUUUACUAUUAUUUUCUUAUUCUGAUCUCAGAGUAAACUUUGGGUAGAAAACAAGUUUGUUUUUUUAUCGAGGGGAACUUUAACUGUUUUCCUUCCAAUUCUCUGCACUUGUGUUAGCAGCUUAGAUUUGGGAGCCCUGCAUUUUAGCAUCUUCUGGUUAUCUAAAUGGACUUUUCCAAUAUCUGCAUUCAGGCCUGUAUUGUUAAGCCCAGCAACUUCAUUUCUUCAAUACUCUGCAUAUGAUUCAUUAAUAAUAGCACCUUCAGUGGGACUUAAACCUUUGAUUGUCUUAUCUUUGUGUACGUUGAGGUUAGGGAACUUUGCAUCUUCGUGAUUGCACAAGUUGUUAAUUUUAUUAUCUCUGAUGUAGUAUAAGAGUGGCACAAGUUCUUCCACCAUUGCAUUAGCAGAUAUGGCACUGGUGUACAAGGUGUGUUUGGUUUUUUUGUUUCCUUUGCCUUGCUUUGGAGUAGGCUGGGAUCUUACUCAGAAAUUUAUUUUAGUCGCCGGCCCUCUUAGCGAUGACUUAGUAAGUAAUUUAAACUUCCAAAGUGGACUUCUAAGAGAACCUCUCAAUUCUGCAACGGGACAGUCAGACUAUCUUUGCGAUGGGCCUUCCUUACCUUCUCUGCCGCCGUACUUCGCUGAGCUCCGUGCAAGUGGUGUCACCCAUUUUAAAGUCUUCUUGCCUUGGACUCGCAUCCUUCCAGAGGCAAAUGCCCGAAACCCCAACCGGACGAACGUUGAAUGCUACAGACAACUUCUGAGAACUCUCAAAGCAGCUGACAUCGAACCGGUUUUAAUUCUACAUCAGAAACGUUUGCCGAAGUCUUUGGAGACCCGGCUUGCUUUGAGCAAAUCUGUGACUUUCACCGACCUUUUCGUGGAAUAUGCAGAAUUUUCCUUUGCGUCUUUUGGUGACUUGGUGGACACCUGGCUCACUUUUGGCAGCCUGCCUGAGGACGUAGAGCGCUUGCCUCAUGGAGAUCCGCUGGCCCUCCCUUUGCUAGCUUCAGCACAUGAGAAAGCUUAUGAAAUCUACCAUGAAAAAUACUCAGCAGAAGAUGGGAAAGUGUCCAUUUCACUAGAUGUUAGUGAUGCUGGGCUGGUGUCAGCAAGAUCUUUAUUGACUUCAAUUCUGGACUCUCUAGACUUUCUCUCUCUCAACCUUCAGUACAACUGUGAAAGGGAAGCAGCUUUCCAAAAGUUCCUGGAUGAGCUACAGCAUAUGGGGACGAACAAUAUGGGUAUUUUGCUCUUUAGUCUCAAGUUCCACGAGUGUCCCUCCUUGCAAGAAACCCGAUUUGCAACAGUGGCUUCCAUUUUCAGUGCCAUUUCUGAAGUUCAAGCAUGGGCAAUAGGGUAUGAUGUGAAUUGCGUCAUGAACAGCUCGUCCGUUCAAUCAAUUUGCUUGUACACAGGAAAUCUGGCCGGCCAACCAAAGGCAAAGGAAACCCUGAUACCUACUAUUGCUCCACUUUCAUCCUAUCAAGCAGUUUGGGAAAGAUUUGCCAGCCAACCUGAGCAGGAGAGAGACUCCUUCUUGCUUGACCUUUUCCCUAGUGGUUUUCUCUGGGGCACAUCAACAGGUUCCUUCAAUGUGGAAGGAGCCUGGAGAGAGGGUGGGAAAGGCGAGAGCAUUUGGGAUCAAUACGGGCACCAGGGCCAUGCCCACAUGAAUCAAACAGCCGAUGUCGCAUGCGAUAGCUACCACAAGAUGGAUUAUGACGUUUAUCUCCUUAGAGGCCUUCGCCCAAAUAUCUAUAAAUUUUCUAUAUCCUGGCCUAGGGUUUUUGCCAAUGGGAGUAAGAGCAGCUUGAACCCUCAAGGCGUAGAUUACUACAACAAACUGAUAGACAGCUUGCUGGAUUCAAAUAUUGAGCCCGUGGUGACCUUGUUCCACUGGGACCUGCCACGAGCUCUGCAGGAUCUUGGUGGCUGGCAAAACGAGAGCAUCGUCACUGCCUUUGCAGAAUAUGCAGAGUUCUGCUUUGCCACUUUUGGGGAUCGUGUUAAAUUCUGGAUUACCUUCCACGAACCCUGGGUCAUUAGCUACGCUGGCUAUGGCACUGGGCAGCAUCCUCCAGGAAUUACUGAUCCAGCCGUGGCAUCCUAUCAGGUGGCUCAUGUUAUUCUCAAAGCUCAUUCUCGAGCCUGGCAUGUUUAUGAUACCAAGUACCGCCCUGAACAGCAUGGGAAGGUGGGAAUAGUAUUGAAUUCAGACUGGGCUGAACCCAAGACCCCAAGCAGUGCCGAGGAUGUGAGAGCGGCAGAACGCUACUUGCACUUCAUGUUGGGCUGGUUUGCUCACCCGAUAUUCGUCAACGGCGAUUACCCAGAAGUCCUGAAAUCCCAGAUCCAGGAGAAGAACCAGCAGUGCUCAACUCCCGUCGCCAAGCUCCCCGCGUUCACCGAUGAGGAGAAGCAGCAAGUGAAGGGGACGGCUGACUUCUUCGGCCUUUCCCACUACACUUCCAGGCUCAUCAGUGCUCCAGUGAAUCAUAGCUGCGCUCCAAACUAUGAGGAUAUUGGAGACUUUUCCCAACACGUGGAUCCUUCUUGGCCGCAGACGGCCGCACCUUGGCUCUACGCCGUGCCUUGGGGACUGAGGAGACUGCUGCUGUUUGUGUCCAAAGAAUAUACUGGGACAACAAGGGUUCCGAUUUAUAUAGCAGACAAUGGGGCGCCGACAGAUGACAGAGGAGAUCUUGUUAACGACACCGUGAGAGUGGAUUACUACCGGCUUUAUAUCAAUGAGGCUUUGAAAGCUAUAAAGCAAGAUGAAGUUGAUGUUCAAGCAUACAUUGCCCGAUCAUUGAUUGAUGGCUUUGAAGGCCCAGCAGGCUACAGUCAAAGGUUUGGCCUACACCAAGUGAAUUUUGAAGAUGCAAACAGACAAAGGACACCCAAAGAAUCUGCCUAUUUCUUCUCCACCAUUAUUGAAAAUAAUGGAUUUCCUAGCACGGUCUCAAGAAAAUUUCUCCAGCCGCUCAGAAAGGAUGUUUCCAUACCUCCACAGCUGCCUAGUUUACCAGCUUCUGAAGUUCCUUCAAAGGCAAAGGUGGUUUGGGAGAAAUUUUCAAAACAGACUGAUUUGGAAAGAGACAUGUAUUUUUAUGGCACCUUCCCAGAAGAUUUUCUGUGGGGUGUUUCUACUUCUGCCUACCAAACUGAAGGAGGUUGGGAUGCAGAUGGGAAGGGACCUAGCAUCUGGGAUAAUUUUACCCACAUCCCAGGGAAUAUUAAGAACAAUGAUACAGGAGAUAUAGCUUGCGAUAGCUACAAUAAAGUAGAUGAAGAUCUUUAUCUGCUGAGAGCCUUAAGGGUAAACACCUAUCGCUUCUCCCUGGCGUGGCCUCGGAUCUUUCCAAAUGGAAGAAACCAUUCUAUAAAUAACUAUGGUGUCGAUUAUUACAACCGGCUGAUUGAUGGUUUGCUGGCCCAGAACAUCACACCAAUGGUCACUCUCCACCACUGGGAUCUGCCCCAAGCUCUACAAGACAUUGGUGGCUGGGAAAACCCUGUGAUGGUUGAACUGUUUGAUAGUUUUGCAGACUUUUGUUUUCAGGCAUUUGGAGACAGGGUCAAGUUCUGGAUUACUUUCAACGAACCUAUUGCCAUCUCUGUGCUAGGCUACGAUACGGGAUUAUUCCCACCAAAUGUAAAAGAUAAUCCGGGCAGUGCAUCCUACAGUGUUACUCAUGCAAUACUAAAGGCCCAUGCAAGAGUUUACCACACAUAUGACCAGAAAUACAGAGAGAGUCAGAAAGGUGUGAUCUCUCUGAGUCUCAACAUGGAUUGGGUUGAGCCAAAGACACUAAGCGAUCCUCGGGAUGUAGAAGCCGCUGAUCGCUACCUGCAGUUCAUGGGAGGGUGGUUUGCACACCCAAUUUUUAAAAACGGCGAUUACCCAGAUGCAAUGAAGUGGAAAGUAGGGAACAGGAGUGAACUACAGAAACUACCAUCUUCCCGGCUUCCAGGUUUCACACAAGAAGAGAAAGAUUAUAUCAGGGGCACAGCCGAUGUCUUCUGCCUGAAUUAUUACACUGCCGGAAUUAUAAAGCACAGCACCACCAGGCUGAAACCAUAUUCUUACGAGUAUGAUCAAGAACGAGUAUUGGAGAUUGACCCUUCUUGGCCUAGCUCAGCAAUGGAAAAUAUGCGGGCAGUGCCCUGGGGGCUGCGUAGGCUGCUAAACUGGAUCAAAGAGGAAUAUAGCAAUCCUCCCAUUUACAUUACUGAGAACGGGGUUGGGCUAAAAGCCAAGUCUGAUGUUGAUGACACCAGCAGGAUCUUCUAUUACAAAACACACAUUGAUGAAGUUUUGAAAGCCUACAAGCUGGACGGCGUGAACGUUCGUGGCUAUGUUGCUUGGUCUUUCAUGGAUAGUUUUGAAUGGUUAAAUGGUUACGAGCCAAGAUUCGGCCUUCACCAGGUUGAUUUUGAAAAUCCGAACAGGCCAAGAACUCCAAAACGUUCAGCGAUAUAUUAUGCUGGAAUCAUACGUCAAAAUGGAAUCCCUCUGCCAAAGGAGGAAGAAUUCCUUUACGGAGAAUUUCCGGAGAACUUUUAUUGGAGUGUGGCAUCAGCAGCAUAUCAGAUCGAAGGGGCAUGGAGAGCGGAUGGGAAAGGUCUCAGCAUUUGGGACCAGUUUGCACAUACGCCUUUGAAAAUCAGCAACAAUGAAAAUGGAGAUGUAGCUUGUGACAGCUACCACAAGAUGGAGGCAGAUUUGGCUAUUCUGAAGGACCUCCAGGUGACUCAUUAUCGCUUUUCCAUCUCCUGGACUCGCAUUCUCCCCGAUGGGACCACCAAGUACAUAAAUGAAGCUGGCCUGAAAUACUAUGAAAGGCUUGUGGAUGCUCUCCUUGCGGCCAAUAUCCAGCCUCAGGUAACUAUGUACCACUGGGACCUCCCUCAGGCCCUUCAAGAUGUUGGAGGGUGGGAAAAUGAGACUAUAAUCCAGAAAUUUAAAGAUUAUGCAGAGAUCCUUUUCCAAAGAUUUGGAGAGAAGGUGAAAUUCUGGAUAACCUUGAAUGAGCCCUAUGCCAUUGCUAACAUUGGUUACGGUUAUGGAGUCUCAGCUCCAGGCAUCUCUGCCAGACCAGGCCGAGCCCCUUACAUAGUGGGCCACAACUUGAUCAAGGCCCACGCAGAAGUCUGGCAUCUUUACAAUGAAACAUACCGCCCAAAGCAAGGAGGAUUGAUCUCUCUUUCCAUCAGCGUAGAGUGGGCUGAACCCAAGAACCCUGCCAAGCAGGAGGACCUCGACGCUGCCAGGAGAUAUGUCCAGUUCUUUGCUGGUUGGUUUGCUCACCCUAUCUUCAGAAACGGUGACUAUAGCGAGGUGAUGAAAAGGAGGAUACAAGAGAGAAGUGCCGGCCAAUCGAGACUCCCUGAAUUUACUGAAAGUGAAAAGCAGAGGAUUAAAGGCACCUUUGACUUCUUUGGUUUGAACCACUAUACAACAGUAUUGGCAUCCAACUUAAACUAUUCUUCUCUCUUUACAUCCUACGAUGCUGAUAGGGGUGUUGCCUCUAUAACAGACCGCAGCUGGCUGGGCUCUGGUUCCUUUUGGUUGAAGGUGACCCCUUUCGGCUUCAGGAGGCUCCUGAAGUGGAUCAAGGAAGAAUACAAUGACCCACCUAUUUAUGUGACCGAGAAUGGGAUUUCAGAGCGUAUAGAUGGGGGAUUCAAUGAUACUUGGAGAAUACACUACUUAAGGAGCUACAUCAAUGAAGCUUUAAAAGGAAUUGUACUUGAUGGUGUUGAUCUGCGAGGCUACACUGUAUGGAGCCUGAUGGAUAAUUUUGAAUGGGCAGUGGGCUUUGCUGAAAGAUUUGGGUUGUAUUACACCAACUUUACAGACCCAAAUCUAUCCAGAAUUCCAAAGGAGUCUUCAAAAUAUUAUUCAUCUAUCAUCCGGUGUAAUGGCUUUCCAGAUCCAGCCACUGGGCCUCAUUUGUGCCUUGAGUCACAAUCUGGAGGUACUACUAUGGCGCCAACAAGCAGCACUACUCGGCCUAUCGACAAUUCAGCCAUGAAGGUGCAGUUUUUGGGACUGGACUUGACUUCGUCUAAUGCAGAACCCGUGCAUCUACCAGAGGGAGUGAAAAACAAUAAUUUAAGAACACUUGUCAGUCCUACCUGCUUGAUUCUGCAGUGCUCGAUGCUGAAGGGUUUGAGUGAUCCUGCUGAUGAGGUCUUGCAGUAGGCUGGGAAGGAGGAGGAUUCGUAAACAGGAAGUUGCUAAUAAAUCGCCAAACAGCUAUGAGUGGAUAAAGGAUAGUACCCAGGAAUCUCCAAAAAUCUCCACUGGAAGACUGGACAACUGCUGUUGCUGGCCUUCCUGCCUGUUUGAAGAUACAAAACAAACAGGACUGAAAACUGGACUCUAGAAGAAACUCCAUAAAUACACGAGGUUAUUUCAAGAAGUAAUAUUGGAUGGUUGUAAAACAGUUCAUGAUACAAUUUGAAUAAUCUUUUCCAUAAAGCACACUUACCGGCAACAAUACUACAGAAGCACUUGGGGCAAGUUCCAGGUCCACUAAUUUUUUCCCAUAAUCAUCUUUGGUAAAUUCCCUCCUGGGGAACAUUGUCGCCAAUGAGAAAUUGCCAUAUGUGUUGCCAACUGUCUGUAGUAGAACAAAUCAGGUAAGUACUUUGUAUUCCCCUUAAAAUUUAGAAAUAAAAAUGGGAAGGACCUUUAACCAUGAAAUACAGAGCUUCAUCUCAAAAUAAGUUAUUUCAAAGGGGGAAAACAACACUCUUAAUUUACACAUGGUAUCUGUGCCCAACACCUACUAUUUUUGUCUUCUGAAGACACAGGACCCAAAAAUUAUGCAAGAGGUAUGCCAGUUAAGGGCAAGUUUGAGGACACCUGGAAGCAUCCUAUUUUGUGGCCAGACCAAAACGAGUAGUGACAUGUAUAAGGUUGUAAAACUUUCAUUUAGUUUAACAAAUAUUCUCAGAACAGUUUACAAUUGUUUAGAUAGUAAGGUAGUUAGCUUGUGUGCAAGAUGCAAAUUGGUGCACACAGAGUCCCCAUUUCUCAACUGCCCUUACCACAGUGGGAAACAAACUGAAGACCAACUCACUUAGCUGCUUGUGGUUUGUAGUUGUGUUAAUGCAACUGACCCACAUUAUUUAUGGUCAAUGUUAUGCACUAACAAGAUCAAUAACUGGCAUCUUUAAAACCCUCCCAAGCAUUGAGACAAAGGGCCAAAGCUGCCACCUGUUUUUUCCUCAAAGCGUUCCAUCUUUCUCUCAAAAAUCCUGAAGCGAUUAUGGUAACUAUACAUACAUGCUCUUCUAUAACUUAAAAAUAAAACAGAUCCUCAUUUACCUGUGCAGCAAAUUGUCUGGCUUCUUCCAACGGGGCAUCCGAAGGGAAACUAUUGGUAAAAGAGGAUCCAUCUGGAAGGCGAAACUGAAUUCUUGCUAUAGCACUAGGGAAAAUAUAUCAGUUUAAGAAUGAAUUUUAAGAACAGCUUCCAUCACUUAAAUUCCUUUAAAUGCUUCACUCAUAUACCAGGGGAUAUUAGAGAGGCAGAGUUCAUCAACUGCACUUAUUUUUAAGUUAGAUCAAAUUAUUAGUUGACAUCUCUUUAGCAGCAGUAGCACACUAAGAGAAUAUACAGAAUACAGAAGAAAGAUGUUCUCGGCUGAGGGUUUUAUCGUUUUACCAAGAGAUAGAGGGCAAAGAAGGUUAAUUGUAUGGGCUGAUAAAGGAGUGAGACAACAAAGCAAAAAAUGCAUGGUGCUACAAUAAAUGAAGUUGGUGUGUACAAGGUGAAGGGAAUGGGAAGAGUUGGAUGAAGGGAUGAAAAAGAAUUCACCUUCUUUCCCUCUGUGAUGAUUCCUUCCUGGCUUCCAUUUCAGCCUGCUUAGCUUGGAGAGCAGCAGCUUUUGCAGCUUCUGCUUCUUCCUUGGACCUUGCAAAACGAGCUGCUCUUUCAGCACGAUCCUUCAUAAGAGGACAAAGACAUUCACUACAUGUUACCAUGGCCCAAUCGAGGCUAUUUUAUUCAAUGCAGUCUCAUGGAAAGAAAUUACUACCAACUUGUAUGUAGUGAGGGACAUAAUUUGUUCUCAUUUAUUAUAUUCAAUGAACACUUAACUUUCACAUGUCAUCUUCAUGCUAAACCACGCUUUAACAUGCCAUGAACGAGCCUAGGUAAGUGAGUCUUAGAUUUGUCCUCUCCCUCCUCCCUGUGUGCAACUGGGAAUAGGAGUUUGGAAGCCUUGCUUAUCCAUUGUGUUUGAACUGACAAACGAUUGGUGGCUUCAGCGAGGUGUGUCCCCCCCCCAGUUUCCUAUCCCCCCCCCAAAAAAGCUCAACAACUCUGAGCAAUCUCCCCGUUUCCUUAAUUUGAAGUCCCAAAGAAUAGGGGUUGUCUUAUACAUGGGGGUGUUAUACAUGGGAAAAUGCGGUAUAUUGAAGGUCAAUUUGCUAAGAAUUUACUUUUUUCCAAGAAGCUAACCUAAUAAAUCAUAUAUACUGUA